AUUAUACAAUCCGUGAGAUUGGUCUGCAAAUACUCGAUGAGUACGAUUUAUUUCGAAAAAUGAAACUGGAUUAUUUUUUGAUGGCGAGAAUAUUUAGUAAGCCUACUGCGUAUGCAUAUUUAUUUGUGUGUGCUCGUGUAUGUGAUUACUAUUUAUUUUAUAUAGUGAUGCGACUUGGUAAUUACCUACAUGUUCACUCUGUAAACUUUUAAUUUCAUCCUCUGUUAACAGCUGAAUUACACUAUUAAGACUGUUUAAACUGAAGAUUAAGUGGGAUGAAAUCGGAAAUUGUG